GAAUGGGUAUCAGAGAAGAGGAGUGGAUUGAUGAAUCGUUGAUUUCAGCACAUCUCGAGAGAAAAAAAAAAAAAAAAAAAAAAAAGAGAGAUGUCAUCUGCCCUAAAGACUUGGUUUUUGUUGUUGAUGAUCCGUAUCAAAAGAAUGCAACAACAUGGUGGACUUUUGUCGACUGUUUUACACGCCGGUGAUAACAAACACAUGCAACUUUUUUUACUUUUGCUCGCUCGGACCAACCAAUAGAAUGAUCAUCCAUCAAUGUUAUAUCAAAUUCCUGAUUCUUUUAAUUUUUUUGAUCUGUUUCGGAGUAUCCCCCACUUUUUUACGGUUUCAAUUUUCCCUUUAUUCUCUCUCUCCCUUUUUCUCUUUUUUUUUUUUCUCGCUACUUUUCGAUAAUGGUAAAUGCAGUAGGGAAACCACACACAAGGGAGGAGACCACGCACUUGAUAGCUCAUAGAGAUUCAGCUCGACAUGGUUCAUGUGCCAUGGAUGACGUUGCUAUCAUUGACAAACACAAAGUUGUUUAUUGGCUUUUCUUUUUGUUAUCGAUUCGAGAGAGAGCGCUGAAAUCACCCUGCAUAAAACAU